UUGAUUGGUCUAAAAAUUUAACCUGCUUUACGGCAAAGCUAACGAGAGCGUUGCAGAAAAUACCAACGAGGGAAAACAAUUUUUCAACCUGCAUUUUCAAUACGGUGAAAAUGAUCGAGGUAGUUUGCAAUGAUCGUCUUGGAAAGAAAGUCCGAGUCAAAUGCAACUCAGAGGAUACCAUCGGAGAUCUGAAGAAGCUCAUCGCAGCUCAGACAGGAACACGAUACGACAAGAUCGUUUUGAAAAAAUGGUAUACCAUAUUUAAGGACCAUGUGACUCUAGGAGACUAUGAAAUCCACGAUGGGAUGAACCUGGAGUUAUACUACCAGUAGAUGAGAAGGACCACAAGUCAGAGAUGCUCAAAUCCAACUUCAUAGACACACAGCCAUGUUCAGCUGAAAGGGGGUGCCAUCCACCGGACAAAAACACACUGCUGUCAUAUUAGUCUCAGCUUAAGCAGUUAUUAUGGGAAAGUUAUAUUCUGGUCAAAAUCCUGUUUUUUUCUGUAAAUAAAUGCAAUGUGUUCACAAGACAAGUAGCUGGUGAUUGUUGCAGCAUUGAAAAAUGAAUUUAUCUUUAAACAUAACCUGUGUUCAUGAUUGUUUUGUGGUUGGCAAUCUGUUAAAAAUCAUUGGAAAAACACGACUAACUGAUAGGUGAUCAAGUAGUUUUAAAGUCUGGAGAUGUAAUCAGUGUUUUUCUGCAUUUUUUUUUGGAUAUGUAAUUGAGUUUCUCUUCAUCAAUCCAUUAUCUAAAAGGUUAAAACUAUCAAACAGGCAUAAUUCUAAUUCUUUAGAUGUUUUUUGUUUUCUAUAUAAAGAAGUAUGUUUUUUCCAAAACAUUGGUCAUUCUGUUUUUUUUUUUUAAGUAAAUCUUCCAAGUAAGAUGCUCGCUCUUAUAUAAACAAAAGUCAGUUUCAGUGACUUAUUUUUAUGUAAAAGCCUCUAAUUUUCUCAAGUUUAUACCUUCAAACUUUGUAGUUUCACAAAUGCAGGCCUAUAUUUUGCCAUGUGUUUUUUUUCCUAUAAUUUAACCAAAAAUUAUAAAACCUUCAUUAAAUAACCUCUAAACAGUUAAAUUGUAGUGCAUCAGUUUCAGUAAUCAUCAUAAGGAUUAUUUUUUACCUUCAGGAAACAUUUUUAGAACAGACAUCUUAUUUGAACCUGUUGCAGAUUAAGGUGGAUUUUAUAUCUUUUUCAGGUAUCUGUUUUAUACUAUAUGUACUGUGAGCCACUCAUCAGAACUCAAUAAGACAUGCAAAAGUAGAAAGUAUUUUAUAAACUUGUAUAUAAUAUUUUCUACAUUUUUAUGUUUUAUUCCACACAGGAAUUAUUUCAUGUUUGAAAUAUUUUUAUUUUUAAUUUUUUAAAAACAUUUGUUGAACACUUGUGACGAUUUGUGGAACAUUUUUAAAACAAUGAGAAGUUUACAUCACAAAUUGAACAAUGUGAACAUCCAUUAUAUUAAAACAAUAAUAAUAAUAAUAAUAAUAAUGAUAAUACAGACCUUUGGGCACUUAAAUAACUUAGAAACAACAUAAUAUGUAGGAGAAAACAUAUCAUACAGAAACCCUUCAUCUGUCAGUUUGACAAUGUCUAUGAUUUUAACAUUACAGCCUAUAUUAUUCUAUUGUGCUGUUUACCAUGUGUUUGUGUGCGUAUGUGUGUGCAUUUAUUUAUCCCUCUAUCUGGAGUUGGCUCAUGGGUGUAGCAGCCUAAGUAAGGAGGCCCAGACUUCCCUCUCCCAGCCACCUUUUCCAGAUCCUCUGGGGGAAUCUCAAAGUGUUCCCAGGAACAUUGUCUCUCCAUCGUGUCUCUGGUCUUUCCCUGGGUCUCCUUCCAGAGGGAUGUUCCUCUGGAAGUUUUAAUUGCAUGAAAUCAGUAAGAUGUUUUUCUUGAAGGUUUUAUUUGCUCUAGUGGCCUUUACUUCAUAGGAAAGAGACAGUAAAGUGGGUAAUGAGAGGAAGAGGUAAGAUGUGAUAAAAGUCGCCAGGACAAGAAUCAAACCUGUGACAGCCGAGUCGAGAACAUGUGCCACUGCAGCCCCCCACAGUUACAUGUUUUUUGAGGAAUAUCUGGAAUAUGAAAUGAUGAAAACAAUUACAAAGGUAUUGCAAAAAAAAAAAAAAAAGACCUCACUGAGUGAAAAAAGACCCACUUACACAUCAGAGGGUUAAGAAGAUCCUCCUCACCUACAGUUCAAAAUACAUGAAGCAGAUGGCUUAGAGCCAGUUUAUACAUGUAACUGAUGUGUGUCUAGUAUUGCUAGUAAAAAAUAAUUACUCUAUAUAAAUCUUAUCAAAAAUACUUGUAAUUUAUUUGCUUACUGAUAUUCUCAUAGGUAAAAUCUCAGCUUCUUACAUGUAUGUAUGAGAUGGAAAACAGGAUUUUAUUGACUAGUAUUUACAAAUUUAGAUGUCUACACAUGCAUCUUUUAUUAUAGUCUUAUCCCAUUCAUAACUCCUUGUGUUUCUAUAGCAACUGAAAUAAACAAGAACCUGAAAGAUUUUGACAUCA